CCAUAUCAGAAGGAGAAGGGAAGAAAAGUCGCACUUUCCUCCCUUCUUCCUCAAUGCCCAAACUUAAAUAGGCCUCAAUUUGCUCUUCUUUUUCCUCAAAGUUUCUUCAAAUCCGACUCUCUUCUCCUCACUCAAUUUUUUAACUAAUACCCUUUUAUCUUCUCUUUGUUUUCUCCAACAGAGUCUGCUUACAGGGCCUGUAGGGGAUGUGCAGUGGUUCAAAGAGUGAACUUGUUCCCUCAAGUUUCAUCAUGGAAGGUGAAAUACAGGAGAGAGAAGCUGUUGCUCUAUGUAAAUGCUCUAUUUUGCUUGAAUUGGCUGCCUCUGAUGAUCUGGUGGCCUUUAAAAGUGAAGUAGAAGAGAAAGGUUUGGAUCUUGGUGAGUCAAGCUUCUGGUAUGGUAGAAGAAUAGGGUCAAGAAAGAUGGGGUUUGAAGAGAGAACACCCUUGUUAAUCGCUUCCAUGUUUGGUAGCGUUGAUGUUUUGAAAUACAUCAUUGGAAGUGGCAAGAUUGAUGUGAAUAGAGCUUGUGGUAGUGAUGGAGUUACUGCCCUUCAUUGUGCUGUUGCUGGUGGUUCGAAUUCUUCAGUAGAGGUUGUCAAGCUCUUGCUUCAUGCAUCAGCUGAUGCUAAUUGUGUUGAUGCUAAUGGGAACAAACCUAUUGAUCUGAUUGUGCCGGCUUUAAAAUCUUUGAGUAAUUCCAGAAGGAAGGUGAUUGAGUUGUUGCUGAAAGGCGAUGAUGUUGUCGGUGUUAGUGAUAAUAUUCUUAACCAGGAAGAAGAAUCUGAAAGGGCAGCUCUGCCUCAGUUGCUGAAAGAAGGGACUGAGAAGAAAGAAUAUCCUAUUGAUGUAACACUGCCUGAUAUCAACAACGGGAUAUAUGGAACUGAUGACUUCAGGAUGUAUACCUUUAAGGUGAAGCCUUGUUCGAGGGCAUACUCCCAUGAUUGGACCGAAUGCCCUUUUGUUCAUCCUGGUGAGAAUGCAAGGAGAAGGGACCCAAGGAAGUUCCCUUAUAGCUGUGUGCCCUGCCCAGAGUUCCGAAAGGGGGCUUGCCCUAAGGGUGAUGCUUGUGAAUAUGCACAUGGUGUGUUUGAAUCCUGGCUUCAUCCUGCCCAGUACCGGACAAGGCUUUGCAAAGAUGAGAUCAGCUGCACACGCAAAGUUUGUUUUUUUGCUCACAAACCUGAUGAAUUGCGUCCGGUGUAUGCUUCCACCGGUUCAGCCAUGCCUUCACCAAGGUCUGCUGCAGUCAAUGCAGUGGACAUGGCAACUUUGAGUCCUCUAGCACUUAGUUCAUCAUCCUUGCCACUGCCUACUGCUUCAACACCACCUAUGUCUCCUUUGGCUGCCUCUUCCUCUCCAAAUACUGGAAGCUUGUGGCAGAACAAAAUUAACCUCACCCCACCUGCCUUGCAGCUAUCGGGUAGCCGCCUGAAGACUGCUUUCAGUGCCAGAGAUUUUGAAUUGGAAAUGGAAUUACUUGGGCUCCAAAACCAUGCUAGCCAAUUGCAACAGCAACAGUUGAUGGAUGAGAUAUCUAGUCUCUCGUCCCCAUCUUGCUGGAGUAAGGAAUACAGUAGACUUGGGGAUUUGAAGCCUGCUAAUCUUGAUGAUGUUUUUGGAUCCCUUGAUCCUUCCCUGCUGUCUCCAUUGAAGGGACUGUCAGCAAAAUCUGCAACACCAACCCAGUUGCAAUCUCCAACUGGGCGUCAAAUUCGCCAAAACUUGAACCAACUCCGUGCAAGCUACCCAACAAGCAUUUCAUCAUCUGCAGUGAGGAAGCCCUUGGCCUUUGGUUUUGACUCAUCUGCGGCAGUGGCGGCAGCAGUAAUGAAUUCCAGGUCGUCUCCAUUUGCAAAACGAAGCCAGAGUUUUAUAGACCGUGGAACAAUGACCAGUCGUGCUGGACUUACUGCACCUGCUAAUUCUGCAACUAUGAUGUCUUCAAAUAUUUCUGAUUGGGGUUCCCCGGAUGGGAAAUUGGAUUGGGGCAUUCAAGGAGAUGAGCUCAACAAGCUUAGGAAGUCUGUUUCCUUUGGGUUUCGAAACAACAAUCCUGCAGCAACAGCAGCAAAAGACAUGAUGCCAUCUGAUGUCGAUGAGCCAGAUGUGUCCUGGGUUCAUUCCCUUGUGAAAGAUGUUACUCCUCUGGGAGGUGGGUUGCAGCGGCAACAGCAGCAGCAAUACAGUAUUGGUAAAGGUGUUCGAGAAACACUUCCACCAUGGGUGGAGCAAAUGUACAUAGAACAGGAGCAGAUGGUGGCAUAAGGAAGUUCCGUUUGCUCAUUGCUUUAUUCUAACUUAUUUCAUAUUCUUGGAUUCUUACUAGUAUUUGAUAGCUGUAGUUGGAUGGUAGAAGAUGAAAGGCAAUAUAUCUACGGAUCAGUCAAGAAGCAAAACAUAGCUCAUGUUAGAAAUAGGAAAAAGCUGGACGAACAAAGAAAUUUAUUGAUUCUUUUCCUUUCCCCUUGAGGAAUGAUUUUCUAUGUUUUUAGCAAGGAGAAGUUAUGGAGAUUAGUGGCAGAGAAAAUGUUUGUUACCUACUUUUUCUGAUGAAAUUCUGUAAUAUUAGAACGAAAUCCUCCAUCAUGCACUUCAUCAAUGACUCGUAGUAAUUUUCCAUAAUGGAAUUUGUUUUGAUAUGAUACAUUAUUUUCUGUUAAA